CGCCCGGCCGAGCUCGGCCGCUGCGCCAGCGUCGGUUCAGGGCCGCCCCCGGGAGCUGCGUGCCCGCUCGGGCGGCAGCCGGCGAGGGGAGGGCGGCGCGGGCCCUUCCCGCCUUCCCCCAGCCUCAGCGCAGGGCCCGGGGGUUCCCGCUCCCCUCGUGUGCGUGGCGGCUGUGGCAGGCCCUUCCCGCCGGCUUGCAGCUGCCGCGGCCCGUUGGCCGGCAAAGCCUCCGGUUUGUGUUCAGUUUCGCAGGAAACCUGCGUAAAGCCGUGGGUGGGAGGCAGGCCCUGCCGCCGGAAGGCAGCAGCGUGCCACCGGCAGGGACGUUCGGCAGUAAGGGCAGGAAAGCCCGGACCUCCCGCUCCCUUAUUUCUGAAAUACGGGGACGGGAGUGAAACCCUGGGCCGUGUUUCCGUAGGGCCUCCCCGCAGCAAAAUGCGGGAGGGGCGGCUGCUCUGCGGGCUGCCGGCGGGCUGGGCAUCGCUUGGCACCCGGGUGCCGUGAGAGCGUGGGGCUUCCCCUGCGGAGGUGGGCCUGUGACCCUGACACCGCCCGUGCUCCGCCCGCCGCUGUGGGAGGCGGCAGCUUGGGGACUGGAGGUGGAACGUUGAGGAGGCUCUGGAGAUACAGCCAGUUUUUUUCGUUCACAUGGCAGCAGCAAACUCUACUCCACCUGGCUCUUUGGAUCUAAACCAGCCUGGGUUUGCAAAGGAGAUCCUUGGAACUAAACUGGAGGUCAAAUACCUCUGCUCCGAUUGCAAGAAUAUAUUGAGGAGGCCGUUUCAAGCUCAGUGUGGACAUCGCUACUGUUCCUAUUGUCUGAAGAAAAUUAUAAGUGCUGGACCUCAAAAGUGUGCCAGCUGUAUUCAGGAAGGAAUAUACGAAGAAGGAAUUUCUAUUCUAGAAACAAGCUCGGCUUUCCCGGACAACGCGGCUCGUCGGGAGGUGGAAAGUCUGCCUGCUGUCUGUAUUAACAGUGGCUGUACUUGGAAGGGGACUAUUAAAGAAUACGAGGCUCAUGACGAAGUCUGCCCCGAAUUUCCGCUAACUUGCGAAGGCUGUGGGAGGAAGAUCCCAAGGGAGAAGUUUCGGGACCAUGUGAAGUCUUGUGGGAGAUCAAAAGUGCCUUGCAGAUUUGAGGUUGUCGGAUGUGCUGAGGUGGUGGAAAAUGCAAAGCUACUAGAACACGAAAGCAAGUGUUUGGCUGAGCAUCUCUACAUGCUACUGAGUUUUGUGCUGAGCCUCAAGGCUGGAUCUGGAGACCUAAAGCCCCUUCCUGCUCUUUCCUCAUCACAAAACAGCUCCCCACUACUGGCAGCAAACUCUCUGUGCUCAGAGUCGGAGCUCUCCAGGUCCCUGGAGCUCUUGGGAAGAUGUGAGGCCCUUGAGAGGAAAACAGUGACCUUUGAGAACAUUGUCUGUGUGCUCAAUCGGGAGGUGGAAAGAGUGUCUCUAACAGCCGAAGCCUACAGUCGGCAACAUCGCCUAGACCAGGAGAAAAUUGAAACACUGAGUAACAAGGUCCGGCAGCUGGAAAGGAGCAUUGGGCUCAAAGAUCUGGCCAUGGCUGAGAUGGAGGAAAAGAUCCGCAACAUGGAAGCUUCCACCUACGAUGGUGUUUUCAUCUGGAAGAUAACAGAAUUUGCCAGGAAGCGUCAGGAGGCGAUAACAGGCCGCUCUCCUGCGAUCUUCUCUCCAGCUUUCUACACAAGCAAGUACGGCUACAAGAUGUGUCUGCGCGUUUACCUGAACGGGGAUGGCACCGGGCGUGGGACCCAUCUGUCCUUGUUCUUUGUGGUGAUGAAAGGGCCCAACGAUGCGCUUCUGCGAUGGCCCUUCAACCAGAAGGUAACCCUGAUGCUCCUGGAUCAGAACAACCGGGAGCACAUUAUCGAUGCCUUCCGACCUGACGUGACAUCCUCCUCCUUCCAGCGACCCAUCACGGAAAUGAACAUUGCCAGCGGCUGCCCGCUGUUCUGCCCCGUCUCUGUGAUGGAAGCCAAGAACUCCUACGUGCGUGAUGACGCCAUCUUUAUUAAAGCCAUCGUUGAUCUCACGGGCCUCUAACCCUCCUCACCUCCAGGAGCAGUGAACGCAGAGCCAGCCCCGAGUGGGGCACCCCCCUCUUGUGCUGCACUUCAGGCAGGUCUCGGAGCGAGGAGGGGGCAGAAAGGGGAAAGGGAAAAGCCCUUCCCAAAAAGGGACCUUCACUCCGAGUGGAAACGAGGUGUCUGACGGGAACCCUCUUCCCUGGUGUCAGAGAGACCUUCCCUGAGCAGAGGUUUGGGUGGAUGAUCCCAGUCUGCAGGGUACAAGAAGAUCUCCUGCAGGAACUUGGGUGUCUGAACUGCUGCUGUCUGGGCUCCCAGUGGAAACCAGUGCAGCUCUUGCUCUACUUGGCUUAGUGCACAUCCACAGUGCUUUGUAGUAAAACAAGGGUUUGGCCUGCUGGAGCACCACCUUGUGUGGAUGUUUGGCUCAGUCAUCUAGGAUUUUCUUCAGAGAUCUCCAUAUUCCUGGAAGUUUUGUGUGCUGCUGGCUGGUCUGUGCCUUGGUGGACAGGAAGGGUGUGUGGCGGACUUGGUGCAAGCCAGGCGAGAAUGGUGCUAACUGGUUUGCUGCUGUUUUGAUUCUGUCAGUGUCUUCAGUGAGGGGUGCUGAGCUGAGCUGCGUGGCAGGUGGGGGAGCAGUACCUCAAGUCUGGCUCUCGCUGUGUGUUUGAUGGGUGCUGGGAGUGCAGGAUGGGGCAGGCAGCGCCUGUAAGGGAGUGUGGGACAGCACCGGGGAUGCCCGUAGCGAAAGAGAAGCGAAUCUCCCCUGGAGACUGCCCGUCCUGUCCCAGGAGAGGAGGGUGACACGGGGCUCCGUGCAGCACAGCAGCCUCCCACACCCUGCGAACCCCAGGUGGAUUUUUAGCCAGGCCCUCCCAUGCUUGCAGCUGAGCAGCUGUGGGCAGGGUGGUGGCAGCUGGAAGCUGACUUUACUCACACACAGGUGCUCUGAGCUGGCUUUUGUCCCUGUCACAGGGCAGCUGGCACACCAGCCUUCCUGGGGUCCUGUACAGCUGCAGCUCCACUGCUGCCAUCCCUCCCCACAGGCACUCACGGCUGCGGCACUGAUGGAUGUGGCACAUCUUGUCUGCCCAGGUAGUGGGCAGCUGCUGGCCAGCUCCUGCUGUCACCUACCCGCAGCAGCUUUCUGCUGUCCUCCCCUCAGCUCUGGGGCAUGCUCUCUGCUCCUCACUGAGCCUGCAGCCACCGGGGUAGGACCUGAAGUGGGUGGAGAAGUCCCCAAGUGAAGCUUGCCGUCUCCUUUCUGUCCCGGGGUUCCUGGCACCUUUCCCUUCAGACAGCAAGUGUUUGGCACCCAGGAGAAGGUCGUUGUGGAAGAGAAGCCAUGGCCAUGUCCCUGAGCUGGGGCUGGCUGGUCCCUCUGGGGCUGUUUUGUUGGGGCUGUGAGUAGCUCCGGCUGGGCAGUUAGCCAGGCUGGGCUCUGCAGGCUGUGCUGCCUUCUCUGCCUGUGCUUCCCACCCCUGUGUCAGCAUCUGAACGUGCCCCAGGCCGCUGUGUUGGUCACCAGAGCCAGCUGCUGACCUCGCCUUCAAUGAUAGUGCAGGACCCAUCCUCCCAUGCUCCUCCUCUGGGCAGGAGGGCUGGCUACCACUUGCUCGUGGGCACAGGAGACGUGAGGCUGUGGUAGGGGAAAGCCCAAAGCCUGAUGGAUGCAGAGCCCGUCCUCGUGGUCCGCUUCCACCUCUGCUCUGGCAUGGCUGCACGGUGGGGCUGUCGGGGAGAUGGCCUGGGCCACCCUGCCAGGUCUGGCUGUCCCCUGCUCCUGGGGUGGUUUGGAGCAUCCCUGGUGCCUUGCCUGGCAUCCUUCUCCAUCCUGGUGCGCGGCUGAGCGGGACCCUGACCCAGGCUACACCUGCACCCCAGGGCUGUGUGUGGGCUGGGGGCGCUCCCUGUGGAUGGGUGCUGGAGGAACCUCCAGGUCCCCGUUGGAAGUCUCCCUGUGGAUCUUGCCAUACCGGUUGUGUGGGAAGGGCAGGGCAGGCUGUGGCAUGGGUCAGCGCAGCCGCACAGUGGGCUGUGAAACCUCCUGGCACAGCUGCUGUGACUGAAAAGGUGAGGGCUGUGGUACAGGCAGGGCUGGGCAGCUGCCUGCACCCUGCCCUGCUGCCACUGUCCCCUCAGCUCUUCCCAGAGGUGGGAGAGGGGUGCCAGGACCCUUCCUUUGUGCAAACCCCCUUCCAGCCUGGCCCGAGGGAUGGAUCAAGCCCCGUCUUGCCCCUCUCACCCCACUCUCACCCUGUUGCCUUAGGAAGGAAAAAGCCCAGCAAAGCCUGAGAGCUGUGCUCCCACCCACAGCAGCUCAGCAUGGAAAGGCCUAGAAGGGGGAGGAAAAUCAGCUCUGCUCAUUUGGGGGCUGGGAUUAAUGUAUUAUUUGGGGGGGGCAGGGAAGCUUGGUCUGAGCUGUGUGAAUGUCUUUGCUCUUGGGGUGCUGGACACCAGUGCCUGCAGCAGGUGACUGGCCCUGUAGUGCCGGGGAUACCUGUGGGGAUGUUGGCUCAGCUUGACGGGGGUGGGGGGCGAAGGGUCUGGCCUGCUGUCAGGGGGUGGGUGCUGGUCCUCCUGCCCCAGCAGGUGCCUGCAAGCUCAGUGGGAGGGUCUGUGCUGUGAGCAGAGAGCAGGCUGACCACUUCCAGCUUGUGGAUGGACACAGGGGCGUUGGAGAGGGGUACAGCACGGCAGGUUGAGCCCCCCCUGACAGAAGCUUUUACUUACCGCAGCGUUGCCCUUCCCUCACCAUGUGGGUGAAGAGAUGCAGGGCUGGUGCUGACAACAAUCCUUUUUUCAUUUGUUUAGCAGCUCUGGAGCUUGCAGUGGUAACUGUAGUACUUGUCCCUUGCUGCAGGCAGGGGUAUGGUACCUUCCUGGGCACAGCUCUGCCAGCCUGGCUGGCACAGGGACAGACACGGCACAAGCCACUGCUGGAUUGCUGUGUUUUUUCCUUUCUUUCCACAGCUAUCAGAGAACACCCAUCUCAGCCUGGCACUGUGAAGUAAGUUUUCCUUGAGGAUGUAGUACAGUCAAAACCACUAAUAAAAACCUGUUUGAAGAGCA